AUGGAUCCUUGCCCCAAGAGGCCGGCAAUUUGUUCUCUUCUUUACUCCAAGAAACGUCCCCAGGCCUCUCUUUGCCUGCAGAAGCACCUGUACUUUAACCUGUCUGCCAUUACAGAAAAGGAGCAGUUAACAAUGGUCCGGCUGAGCCUGGAUUUGGGGCCCAACACGUACUACAAACUGGGACCAGAACUGGAAUUGGCCUUGUCUCUGGUCCAGGAGCCUCCGGUGGGGGGCAGGUCGCUCCCUGCGCCAGGUAAAAUGUUUGCACUUCAGUCAGUGCCUUGGCCUCACGGUGCCCUUCACUUCAAUCUGCUGCCCACGGCUAAGGAUUGGAAUAACGACUCCCAGAAGACGCUGGGUUUGUUCCUGGAAAUCCUGGUCAAAGGGCCCAGAGACACCGCGGAUUUCCAGCCUGAGGACACCUGCGCGCAACUCAGACGCCUCCUUCAUGCUUCUCUUCUGGUGGUAACCCUCAACCCUGACCAGUGCCACUUUGCAUCCCGCCAAAGGAGGUCAGCCAUGCCUGUCCCUAAGGCUUCUUGCAAGAGCCUCUGCCAUCGUCACCAGCUGUUCAUCAAUUUCCGGGACCUCGGCUGGCAUAAGUGGGUGAUUGCGCCCCGGGGAUUCAUGGCGAAUUACUGCCAUGGGGAAUGUCCUUUCUCACUGACCACGUCUCUCAACAGCUCUAAUUAUGCGUUCAUGCAAGCGCUGAUGGGUGCGACCGAUCCAGAGGUCCCCCAAGCUCUCUGCGUCCCCACCAAACUGUCCCCCAUUUCCAUGCUCUAUCACGACAAUGAUGACAAUGUCAUUCUACGACAUUAUGAGGACAUGGUGGUUGAUGAGUGUGGGUGUGGGUAG